CAGAUCCGAGCCGGGAGAGCGCAGGAAGCGCGUGCGAGCUCAGUGGGGAGGGUGCCGCAGAUCCGAGCCGGGAGAGCGCAGGAAGCACGUGUGAGCUCAGAGGGGAGGGUGCCGCAGAUCCGAGCCGGGAGAGCGCAGGAAGCACGUGUGAGCUCAGAGGGGAGGGCGCCGCAGAUCCGAGCGGGGAGAGUGUAGGAGGCGUGUGCGAGCUCAGAGGGGAGAGUGCCACAGAUCCGAGAGGGGAGAGAGCAGGAAGCACGUGCAAGCUUCAAGAGGAGGGUGCUGCAGAUCAGCCAUGUGAGAGGGCAGCUCCAAGCAGGAAGAGUGCAGGAAGCGCGUGCCAGCUCAGAGGGGAGGGCGCCGCAGAUCCGAGCCGGGAGAGCGCAGGAAGCACAUGCGAGCUUGCAGCGGAGGGCGCCGCAGAUCCGCCGUGCAGGAGGGCAGGCAGCGUGUCUGACAGCGAGAGGGGGAGCGCUGCUGCUGCUCUAGAGGGAGGCCUGCCUGAGCAUGCCGGGGCGAGAGUGCAUAGCACAUCCAAUAGGACAGACUCUGGCACCAGGGCCCCGCUGGAGCAUGUGGACGAGGCCAGAGGCAGCGCAGCGCAGUGUGGGGCAGAGAUGCCCUGCAGCUCUGGUGCACUGGGAGCUCAUGGGAGCAGUGAGUGCAGCCGGUCUCUGGAGAUCCCAGGCAGCCGCUCGGCUGGGAGCUGGGCCGAGGAGGUGGCCUGUGCAGGCGGGGUGGCGAGGCCAUCGCAUGGCUUGCGAGCGGAUGGAGAGCCGGGGACGGAAGGGGAAGAGGACGGUGGUGUGACCGAAGGCAGCACGUCCUGCUGGGAUGGCAGCACAGAAGCACCUGAGCAGCCAAGUGACGGAGCCCAGAGUGACAGCAGUGCUGCGGCAGAGGAGAGCUGGGACUCACUCUUCAAUGCCGACGGAGACUGCCUGGACCAACGCCUGCUGCAAGAGCUGUCGGGCGGUGAGAAGCCCAGGAGCAGCCUGCAGGAGCCCCGCUUUGACUACUGCGGCUGGCAGCCCGCUGAGCUGGACCUCAGCCACUCGGAGCUGCCCCAUGUCAUCGAGAUCUACGACUUCCCGCAGGACUUCGGCACCGCCGACCUGCUGCGCGUCUUCUGCAGCUACCAGAAGAAAGGCUUUGACAUCAAAUGGGUGGACGACACGCACGCACUGGGCAUCUUCUCCAGUCCCAUCGCAGCGCGCGAUGCCCUGAGCAGCAGGCAUGUGAUGGUGAAGACGCGGCCCCUGGCGCAGGGCACGAGAGCGGCCAAGGCCAAAGCCAGGGCUUGUGCUGACCUCCUGCAGCCGGCGAAGGAGCGGCCAGAGACGUCUGCGGCCCUGGCCCGGAGGCUGGUGAUCGGAGCCCUCGGAGUGCGGAGCAACCAGAGCCGAGCCGAGCGCGAGGCCGAGCGCAAGAAGCUGCAGGAGGCCCGAGAGAAAAAGCGCCUGGAGAACAAGCAGCGGGAGGACAUCUGGGAAGGCCGGGACUGAGCCAGGGUGGCAGCGGAGGAGACCGGAGCACCCAGGGCUGCUGGCAGGCACUUGGCAGGGAGGCACUGUGGUGCCGUGGGCUUCAGACGCCAGCGCAGCCCAGUGCCAGCUGCACCCACACAGGCUGGCCGGGCUGUCAGUGGGGGGAAGGGGAGAGGCCCGUCUGGAGCCUGGCGGGGGGAGAGGGUCCGGCUGACAAAACGCAGCAGCUGUUUGUAUUAGGACUCGUAGUGGGGGUGGGCUGGCAGGCCCUGCCGCUGGUGUGUGCGCCCUGGAAGGGGGCAUUGGCCUCCCUCGGACCUGUCUCUUGCCCUUUGAGAUGCUGGAGCACAGGGAGUCAGUGCUCUGGAGCGCUGGGCUGGGGCAGCGGUAGCCCAGCUGAGUCUGGUGGCUGUGCCCUGUGCCUGGCACUGCCGGGCUGCGCUUGUGUUGGGUAAUGCCCUGACGCACUGGCUGCAGCUGCUCGGUCGCUGCUGGAAACGCGGCCUCCAGGCUGCCCAGCUCGCUUUCAAGGCUCCCUGCAGCAGCCCGGGCCAUGCGAACAGCCCUGGGCAGCGGGAGGGGAUUUCGCAGGCCUCUGCGUGUGCCAUGCUGAGCGGUGCUGUGCCGAUCUGAGCCAGUGCAGGCUGGGGAUGUGCCGAGCGCGGGUGAGUGAGAAGCCAUGUGCGAUGGAGGUUCCCUGUCCUUUAUUUUGCUAUUAAAUUGCCUGGUUUUUACACUG